UUUAUUGCCAUCUGAGUUUCAAAACUAUACAAACCCUGAAAGAUCACACUAGCGACGGACACAAAGAUUCCAACGUGAAAUCAGCUGUUUAAUAUUUGAAAAGUGAUGAGAAAGUCAAAAUUGAUAUUUCCAAUAUGGGAUGCCGUAUAUGUGAUGAUGAUUUCGAUAGACUGGAUGACCUGAUCGAACACUUGGGGACGGUUCACGGCAGGUCGUUCUAUGAUGGUCACGGCUAUGGCUUGAUCCCUUACAAAUUGUCGGACGAUAGAUACGCUUGCGCUAUCUGCAAGCAGGUUUUCCAGUACUUCAUCAAGCUGAACCAGCACAUGAACGAGCACUACGGUAAUUUCGUGUGCGACGUCUGCGGCAAGUCUUUUCUGAAUAAGGACAGACUGCGCUGUCACAUAAGGAGUCACGGUUCCGGUUUUCAGUGUGCUCUCUGUUUGGAGAAUUUCGAUUCUCUAACCCAAAAAAUUAAUCACGAAUCCUCAAUACAUAAUAAGAAACGUAUUAUAAGAUGCAAUUUUUGCCCGCAAACUUUCAAUAACUAUUCGUUGCGUAAAAUUCAUCAUAGUGCUGUUCACAAUGUUGCAAUACCAGUCACGAAUUGCCCGGUCUGUGGUAAAAAAUUCCAUAUAGCGAGCAAAAUGUGGUCUCACAUGAAGGAAGUUCACGUCAGGGAGAAGAAUUUCUCGUGCAGUCUCUGCGAACAGAGAUUCUUUUCUCGCACUCACGUCCAGAAGCACAUGAUCAAACAUAUAGGAGAAAAAGUCCAUAAGUGCGAUGUAUGCAAGAAGUCUUACGCUAGGAAACAGACCUUGAGAGAUCACGUGAGGAUCCAUCACAACGACAAAAAACACGUGUGCUCGAUAUGUGGCCAUGCCUUCGUGCAACAUAACAGUUUGCGCUUACAUAUGAAAGUCCAUCACUCUGAAUGAGAAGUAGGCCUUCUGAGUAUAAUAAUCUAUAUGUGUAAUUACACAUUGUGCCAAAAUAUUAUAUCUGGCUAUCGUUCGAUCAAUUCUAAAAUCAAUAUUUGUAUAAAAAUAUUAGGUUUAGGUGGAAUGACUUUAAAUGUACCCUUGAUUAUUUAUUUUUUUUCACUGUUUUAUUUACGUAUAAUUUUGCUUGAAAUGAGGGUACAUUUACAGUACGUAAUAUUUUUCAGGUAAAAAUCAAAAAGGCUGUCAAUCGUCGUCAAUGCGUAGGAGAAAGAAUCUUCAGAUGUUGUUUAAUAACACCACAGUGAUACCCUUCAAAUGGAGAGGGAAAUAUCUCUGUU